AUGCCGCUGAUUGACGCUGCAAACAUAGCAUGCGGGUUUCACGCUGGCGAUCCUACCAUCAUGCUCAAAACAAUUCGUCUGUGCAAGAAACACGGCGUCAGAGCUGGUGCGCAUCCCGGACUCCAAGAUCUAUUUGGCUUCGGGAGAAGAAAGAUGGAAAUAGACCCCGGAGACAUGUACGCCAUGGUUCUCUAUCAAGUCGGCGCUCUCAAGGCAAUGCUGGACUCAGAAGGUGUACCGCUGUCUCACAUAAAACCACACGGUGAACUCUUCUUCUACAUGCAGAGGGACAAGGCUAUCAUGAGAGCAGUGCUAGAAGCCUGUGCACCCUUCAAUGUCCCGGUGUAUGCGUGUCAGAAUCCAGAGCAAGAAGCCAUGUGCAACGAGAUGGGAAUUCCUUUCCAAGGAGAAUUGUACGUGGAUAUUGACUACUCGCCAGAGGGGAAACUCGUGCCUGUGUCUCAGUCUCGACCUUCUACGCCGGAAUUGUGCUAUCAUCGGGUCGUUGAGGCUACGAGUAGAGAUACAGGGACGGAUAUCAAUGGUACGCAGUUUACUUUUGGAUUUCGUGGGAAACCAUUUAGUAUUUGUCUUCAUUCGGAUGUGCCUACUGUUUUGGAGAAUGCGCAGAGGGUGCGCAAGGCGGUGGAUGAUGCCAACAGGAUGAGAUAG